GGGAGUUGAAGUCCACACAAGUUGAAGUUGCCAAAGUUGAGGAACACUGGCCUAGAAAGAGGUUGAAAGCUAUGUACCAGGUGACAACCCAUCCUUUCAUAAUGUUGCCAGGAAAAAGAGUGCAGGCUAUCAAACUGUUUUUUGCCUGAUUGACCUCAUGAUUGAAUGUCCAGUUUCUGCCUAUCUGCAUUGAAGCCACUCAUCAAUGCCCACAAAUACCUUCCAUAGAGCAGGGGUGGGCAACUAUUCCUGCUUGAGCAGCGGGACUACAUGACCUCCAAGGUCCCUUCCAACUCUAUAAUUCUGUCUUCUAUGACCCCCUUUAGGACCUACGGACUUCAACUCCCAGAAUUCCUGUACAAGUCAUAGUUGCCCAUUCCUGCCAUAGAGAUAAAAAAAAAAUAGCGGUGCAAUGCAGGCCCUCACUUCCGGUUCUCCUAUGACUGAUUUCCAUCUCCAGGAAAGGCGCAAAGUGGCUGUCUCGGUGCCCGUUAUUCCGACAGGAUCGCGGAAUGUGGCCCUUUCCAUCAAUCUCGGCUGCUGCCUACCCACCUUGGCAGGGGCUGAUGGGAUUGGAGUCCGAGCACCUUCUGCUCUGAGUUUCAUUUGUCUGCAUUGCUUUCGCAAUCUCAAAUCCCUGAUUUAUUUACUUAGUACUGGAUCGCCGUUUUAGUGCUCGAUUCCUCUUAGGCUUAAAAAACAAAAACAGCGCUCACCGCGAUCUCUUUAGUUAAAACGAAUUGAUCCCAAACGCGUUUCCUUUCCACCAUUUAAUCCGAAGUGAAAGUGAUUUUCCAGCCACGCCGUCCUCGGUGGCUGGAAAACGAAGCCACGUGAAUUUAUGCAAUCCAGGGAUUAAGUUGCAAAAGGGAAGGGGAAAAAAAAGGCGCCUUUCGGGUCGGGAGAAGCCACCCCAACGCGCGCUCAAUUGGUUGAUCCUUUAUUUGGAGGCGGAUCGAAACGCGCAGCGAAAGCGGUGAGUAGAGCGGGCGGUACCAUUUCAGACCCGCCCGCAGGGGGGGGACUCCGCUUUAUCCCAACCUCUUGAAACGUUACGAUUUCACACAUUAGAAAGCGAGCACAGCCAAUCAAGCCUGUUUCGCUCUUUUACAAAUCUCCCCGCAGAGGGUCUGAAUUACGGCAGGGUUGCCCUCGGGGGCAGCCAGAAAAAUGUAAAAAGAAAAAAGGGCACCUCCCUUCCUCGAAGUGGAACAAGCCAUGUCACCGUCUUCGCACCUCCCCGCCUCCAAGUGGAGCAAACCAUGUCACCAUCUUCGCGGGGGGGGGACAGGACGGCGAGAAGAGAGGAAUCCCGGGCUUCAGCCGUGGCGUUUGGGGAUAAACUUAAGCCGGCCCAGCAAUCGUAGCCUUAGACCGGAAGGAUCUUGUUCCUGGAUUUAUUUCGUAAUCGGCCGUUCGGCGCGAUCGUGAGAACCCGGCCUCUUGCGUGUCGCAAGCAGGGAAGAGGCGCCAGGGCGAAGGAGAAGCGGGGUCGCGGUGAGUUUGCUUGGAAAGAGGCCGGGAGGUGCGGAUCGGAGGGCGGCGGUGGCGAGUUCCCAAGGCGGACGAAGCCCGGCCUGGCUGACGCGCAUCUCCCGGCGAGGAGGAAACACGCAUCUCUCAACCGUAGACUUAUGCAAAAGGCUAGACUGAGAGCACCCAUUGUCUGAAGCGGGGAACGCUUUGCAAUUGCGCGGGGGAAGCCAUCUUGGUAUUGCCAGGAAAUAUUAUUCUUCCACUUGCUGGUUCAAUGGGAGAUGUCUAAGACACAAAGAGAUGAACGGUCAAAGUCCUAGAGAGGCAUCAACUUGGUAGCCUUAAAUGCACUUUUGUGCUGGGCUGAUCCUGAUGUUUUGAUGUGGGUGAGCUUUGUUGAGAAACUAACAUGUUACCAGGAAGAGCGGUGUUUUGGGGGGAUUUCCAGCUUUUUUACUUGUAAUUUCAAAGCAUCCAGCUGCUGGAUUUAACACAGGGAAGCAAGGGAAAGUCGGGGGAUUUGAUUCGACCCCACAAGGACAGACAUGGCAAGUUGCUGCUCGGUGGCUAACUGCAAAAACCGCCGGUGGCAUGGAUCCCGUGUCACCUUCCACAGGUUUCCUCUUACGAAGGAGAGGCAGUUAAAAAAGUGGAUCAAAAGUAUUGGUCGUCCGGAUUUCGCUCCCUCUUACGACGACGUCGUAUGCUCGGAACACUUCAGAAAAACGGAUUUCUGGGGAAGGAUGGCUUCUGGGAGAAGGAAUUUAAAGCCAGGAGCUGUCCCAACUAUCUUUAAUACCUCUGGCCGUUCAAAAAGAUUAAACAUUGGCAAGAGGGCUCGAAAGGAAAGCUCGGAAGAGGGGCAGCCCCUCGUCCAAGGGAAUCCACCCGGCCAUGAGCCAAGCUCUCCUCCGGGAGCUGGUGAGGGCGAUGCUGACAUCUUGUCCUCCACGAACGAUAUUGUCAUCCUAGAACAUUCUUACUCUACUCCGGCAAGUCCCAGUAAAGCAACUGCUUCUGCUGGGGAGCUCCGGGUAGCCUCCCCACAAGACCAAGCCGCCCCAGAACCCCAAGCCAGGAAGAGCCUUCGCCUUCGCCUCCGCCAGGCCCGAGCCAAAAGGGAGCUCAUGGAAAAGAUGAGACGAAACGCUUCCGAGGAGCCGGGGGUCGACUCGGAUGUGCAGCGCCAGAAUUUCCGAGACUUCUGCUAUCAGGAGAUGGAAGGGCCCCGCCACGUUUGCUGCCGGCUGUGGGAUCUCUGCCACCAGUGGCUGAAGCCUGCAAAACAUACCAAAUUGCAGAUGCUGGAAUUGGUAAUUCUGGAGCAGUUCCAGGCCAUCCUGCCCCAGGAAAUGCAGGAGUACGUCAAGGAAUGGGAGCCUUCCACUUGCGACCAGGCCGUAAGCCUGGCCGAGGAGUUCAUAAAGAGGGCGCAAGGGGAAGAGAAAAAGGCAGCUGUUGUCUCCAAAACAAAGAGGACCCCUUCACUUGCAAAGCGCACCUCGGGGUGCAGGAAGAUCGCCAAGAAGCAGGAUGCCAACUUGCAAGAUGGACGCAUGUCGGAGAGCCAGGAUCAGGCCAGCCCUCCCAGGAUUGGAGCCAAUGGAGUCAACGGUGGAGAGGAGCACCCUGAGAAUCCAGAAGGCAAUGAAGCCAGCCUGGAGGACCUGACAGAUGACAAGCAAGAACAGGAGAAGGGAGAGCAAGAGUGCCAACUGGAAGAAACGGUGGAAGUGGAUCCCGGGAGGAUUUCCUUCGAAGUGGUGGAAGAGAGUUGUACAGUACAAGAGGAGUCUCCGGCAAGCGAGAAGCCCUAUAGUUGCUCCAAGUGUGGGGAAAGUUUCGCCGAUAAAUCAUUGCUCCUUGAACACCGAAGAUCACAUCCGGGAGACAGGCGAUACGGAUGCUCCAUGUGCGAGAAGAGAUUCAACAAGAAAGCUUGCCUUCUCGCACAUGAGCGAUCCCACACAGGAGACAAGCCUUACCAGUGCUCAGAUUGUGGCAAGGCCUUCGGGCAGGAAUCAUCUCUGAUUACGCACCAGAGGACCCACACUGGAGAGAAACCCUAUGAAUGUGUGGAGUGUGGGAAGAGCUACCCCUGGAAAACAUCUCUGGCAGUUCACCAGAAGAUUCAUGCUGGCGAGACGUACUCGUGCCCCGUGUGCGAGAAAACCUUCAAUCAGAAAUCUUUACUUCGGAUACACAAGAGGAUCCACACGGCGGAAAAACUGUACAAAUGCUCGGACUGUGACCAGAGCUUCACCCUUGAAAAAUACCUUAAUGCGCACAGGGUGAGGGCUCACACCCGGGAGCGACCUCACGCCUGCUCGCACUGCGACAAAACCUUCAUCUUUAAAUAUUCUCUCAUCGAACACGAGCGCAUGCACACAGACGAGAGGCCUUAUGAAUGCUCCGACUGUGGCAAGCGCUACAAUGGCAAAGCUGCCCUGGUGGUCCACAAAAACACACACGGCGGGCAGAAAUCCUACCUGUGUCCUGAAUGUGGCAAGAGUUUCAAAACCAAGUGUGCCUUGACGGGUCACGAGAAAAGCCACAGAGGAGAGAAACCCCACAAAUGUUCGCACUGUGACAAAAGCUUCUUCUGGAAACACCGCCUUAUUCUGCACGAGAGAGUUCACACAGGGGAGAUGCCGUAUCAGUGCUCGGAGUGUGGCGAAAGCUUCCGUUACAGAAACAACCUGACCAAGCAUAAAAGGAACACGCACGAGAGACCGCGGGUGGUUGGAGAGAGGAUCUAUCAGUGCUCUAUUUGUGGCAAAAGUUUCCGCUGGAGACGGAGUUUCAUCUUGCAUGAGAGGGCCCAUGUGGGAGACAAGCCCUUUAAGUGCACCGAAUGUGGGAAAAGCUUCAUGAGCCGCGUGUCCCUCAUCGUUCACAAGAGGAUCCACACUGGAGAGAGGCCCUACAAGUGCCCCGAAUGUGGGAAAAGCUUCAUUAAGAAGCAGGCUCUCAGUAAGCACAAGACGGUCCAUACAGGCGAGAGGCGAUAUUUGUGUAAUGUCUGCGGAAGAAGGUUCUCUAACAAAGGCAAUCUGAUCAGGCACACCAAGAUCCACACGGGAGAGAAGCCCUACAGCUGCCCCAUCUGUGGGAAAGGCUUUAUACAAAAAGUAUGCCUCAUUGAACACGAACCGACCCACAGCAAGGAAAAACCCUUCAUCUGCUCUGACUGCGGGAAGAAGUUCAAGCGGAAAAGAGGGUUCCUUCUGCACUUGCGAAUGCAUCGAGGGGAGACCUUGCAAGAGUCCACCAGGAAGAGCGUCAAUGGCGGAGAUGCCUCCCCGGUGGACGGCAAGACGCCGGCGAAGGAGAGAUGCCAUCCGUGCCUGGAAUGUGGGAAAAGUUUUCACUCAAGGUGUCACCUCAUUAUGCACCAGAGGACCCACACGGGAGAGAAGCCGUAUCAGUGCCCAGAGUGUGGGAAAAGCUUCAGCCAGCAGUCGUCCCUCAACACCCACCAGCGAGUCCACACGGGCGAGAAGCCCUCUCUGUGUACAGAGUGCGGGAAAAGCUUUCACAACAAAAGCAACCUGGCUCGGCACCAGCGAAUCCACACGGGGGAAAAGCCCUUUGCCUGCCCAGAGUGUGGGAAGAGCUUCAUUCAGAAAGCAUCUCUGGAGGCUCACAAGGCCACCCACAGCAAGGAGAACCCCUUCUCCUGCGCCGACUGCGGCAAGACCUUCAAGCUGAAAAUGUCGCUCCUCACCCACCAGAGGACUCACACGGGGGAGAAACCCUACGCCUGUUCCCAGUGCGAGAAAAGGUUUAUCCGACGCUCUCAGCUGCGCAGGCACGAAAAGGCACACGCAGAAAAUCCGGAGAUAGACCCUCUUCAAGAGCUGAAGAUCUUCACCGAAGAAGAGCCCGCCACUUCUUUAGAACUGCUGGUUGAAACUGCUGAACCUACAGAACUUAGUGAACUUUCUAUGGAAGCUAUAAGCACUGCUGUGAUAAGUGUGGAUGGCAACUUAUACCUUGUGCAGACUACUGUGUAGAGCUGGAUUGUCCAUACCGAGACACUAAGUUUGGGAAUUACAGUCAAGAUAAAUCAGGCACAAAACAAAGGCUUUUCAGAAUGCUCAUCUUCCUGCUAUGCACCAACCUCUUGAGUGGUUUUGAAUCGUACAGUUAAAAAAAUAAAAUAAACCAAGUCCUUCAAAGGGACCAUACCUAACACUUUCGAUCUCCUUUCUCAACUACGGUGCCCUCAAAAGCUUCAGAAACAUUUCUCUGAAAACAGCUGACCUAGAAACACGUGGACAAGAUUUGGGGCCGAAAGAUAAAAAGUUCUUCAUCCUAAAGAUAUAUUUAUAAUUUAGAAUAUAGCUAGUUGAUCUUGGCCAUCGCAAUUCUUAAGCCUUAAUUGCGCUUUCUGUGACUGUGAGGAUAAAUUAUGGGGAGGGCGGGGGGGGCUGCAAUCUUGUGCACCUUAGAAAGGCCAAGGUAUUUAAAUGUAGUAUAUGUAUGUAAUAUAUACAUAAUGUGCCACCUGCAUCCUAAAAAGACAGCAGGGCAGUGGCAGUUUUUGGUGGAAGGUUCCGGAAGUGGGAGGUCACCACCAAGAAGGCCCUGCCUGGUGGAAACAGCUAUGAAGGCGGACCUGCUUUCCUGGGUGAGCAGCAGUUCCGAAACAAUUCAUCAGAAAGCUAACCUAUCUGUUUCUAUCAGAGGUUUUCCACCUUGGCAACCUUAAGAUACGUGGACUUCAACUCCCAGCAUGCUGGCUGGGGAAUUCUGGGUGGUGAAGUCCAGAGUUUUAAAACUGCCAAGGUUGAAACAAUGAAGAGACCCCCCUUGCCCCACCUUCUCCACCCAAUUCUUUACAACUGAAUGUGGCCGGUUAUGCCCCAGAACGGCCUUUCCCAUUCUGGUGAUCUGCAGAUGUGGUAGUUGAAGUCCCAAACAUCUGGAGGACAACAGCUGGGGCAAGGUGGCCGGGGGGGGGGUGUCUCCUGGCUCUUUGGACCGACCUGUUUAAAUCCUGCUUUGCCUUCCAGUUUUUCAUUAAUCCCGGGUGCUGCUCUAAAUGCUUCUAAUUAUUUUUGUAUCUCAGACAGAGAAAUAUUUUGGACUGCAGAGUAAAUAAAAUUACAUUCUAUACAUA